AUGGAUCGCCGGCAUUCCCGGAAGGAGGCCCGAAAGCGGCGCAGGGCAGCCGGCGGUGCCCGGCGCGGGCGUGACGGCCGCGGCGAAGGUUCAAGGGACCGAGAUCAGUCGGGGCGUGCGGGGUUGCCCGUGUGCAGGCAGUUCCAGAGGUCCGGGACCUUCAGUUGCGGAGCCGAGUGCCAGCAUGAACAUCGACCGCGGCGGGGGCGCUUGUCUGAACCUGGGGGAAGCUCCUUGUGGGAAGGCCGUCCGCAGCAGUCUGGGGGGCCCGGGAGUUCCAGGGCGCCCCCUUGCUGGGAGUUUUUGACGCACGGGACUUGCCAAUUCGGCCGCGGCUGCAAGUUUGAUCAUCCGCCCAAAGGGGGCAGGGCGUCCGGCUCUGAGCAAAGCUCCUCUUUGGGCGACCAAACUUGGCAGCCGGGGGGGGCUCGGGAUUCAAGGGCACCUGCCUGCAGGGACUUUCCGAGACACGGAGCCUGGAGAUACGCCUCUGACUGUCGGUACGGUCAUAGGGUGGGAGAGGCCAGCUUGUCUGUGCCCGAGGAGAGUUCCUCGAGAGCACAUCGGGAGUCGCGGGGGACGGCCCGCCGGCGUUCAACGUCGCCAUGUAGGGACUUUCAGAGACACGAUACUCGUAGAUUCGGAUUCCAAUGUCGGUACGAUCACCCACCGGCAGAGGGCAGCGUGUCUGCCCACCAGGAGAGUUCAUCGCGCGGAGAACGUCCGCCGGAGACGGAGCACACCAGGAGUUUGGGUGCGCCGCCCAGUGAGCACGUUGUGAGAUACGGGACUGGGGCGCACCGGGGCUGCAGGUAUGAUCAUCCGUCGGACGGGCAAGGCAGGCCCCGUGAGAAGGGGGCACACGAAGAGGUGGACGCCAGGUCGGCCCCGUCAAGGGGGGCAGACCUAACAGAAGAAGCGUGGCGUACAUUCAAGCGACUGUCCCGGAGUGAGUUUAAAACGGAGCACGAAAUGAGGAUGUUUCUGCAGGCAGCGUGGGAUUGUUGCCAGUCGAAAUCUGGAAAUGAGUGCCUGCGAAUUCUUGCGGGCAAGGAUGCAUCCUACGAUGGGAUUGGGAGGGUAGCAGACAUCUGCAUGGAAAAGGAGGCUCCCUUCCGGUUAAUUGUCCUCCCACUGCUGCGGCUCGCCAGCUGCGACGGCAUUGCAAAGGGGACCCUCAUGCAGUACACGAACCCCUUCCUUCUGUGCAUCAUGCAUUGUCUCAACCUUGAAAGGAUCGCGGCCGGUGUGAAGGAACUUGCGAUAUCGGAGACGAUCAAGGCCACUGCGAGCGGUCAGAAGAGAAAUGAUGUGGAGUCCAAAUGCUGGGAGCCGUCUUCAUGGCAGGAUGUGGCGCUUCCCGUCGCGAAGUAUUGCCAUGAAAUUCUGAAGCGAUUCCAUGAGGAUGAAGAAAGAGUUGCCAAGGGCGUUCGAGAAAUUCAGGAGCAACUGAGGAAUCUGGAGUCCAAGUUCUCAACUUCCGAGGGGAGAAAUGAAUUGUGCAAGGAGGCCGAACGCCAAAUGGAAUACGUGGACAGCCUGGUGGAGAGCAAGAUCGGUCAAUACGAUCGAGGGAAGGCGAUACUGCAGCUGCAGAAGCGCAAAGAAGAUUACGAGGCGGAAUUUAGAAAAUUGUUUCCAAAAAAUCCCGGAGAGAUAGGCGAGCCCCCAGGGAAGCUGCGGAAAGAGGGACCAAGACACGAUAAUGAUCACGUGGAGAUCGAAAAGAUUAUCGUUGCCCCGACUCCUGAAGAGGUGCUCUGUCGUGUACAGCCCUACCUUCCAGCAAACAGGCCUGGAGGGCUGAGGUUCUUCUCGAAUCCGCGAGAGGCCCAUCGCGACAUGCAUUACCGUCUGACGCGCCACGACAUGGUGGCUGAAGUCCAAUACGCAAUUUCAGCAUUCGAAAGGAACGGAGGCAUCAAAGGUUUCAAGAAUAAGAGCAGGAAUCUGAGGAAGAUAUACCGGACUGUAGAAGGAGAUGGCGGAAAAGGCUCUCACCAUGUUGAUUUGGACGUGUACACGAACGCCAGAUCAAGAGGCAUUGAUUCAAACCACCGGUCAGGAAUCCAUUUUCUGGUGGAGUUCGAUGACAUUCCAACCGUGCAGAACUUGAACCAAAAGAGGCGCGCGGCGUGGUGGGAUAAUACAAAAAGGCUGCAGCACGGGACGCUGGUGUGCCUCUGGUAUGAAGAAGAAGGGCAGGCAACUAAGCCCGGAGACUCGGCGACUCCGCAGCCUCUCUUGGGUGUAAUUUGUGAAAGAAACACAGAUCUCUUGGCACCCAAGAGGCCGCGGAGAGCCUCGAUAGGAAUCAGGUUCACUGAGGGGCGCCCUGGCAGAAGCAUCAUUUCCAGAUCCUUGGGAUUAGAAACUGGAGGGGAGGCCGUAUUGAUUCAAACAGGAGGAGGAAGUUUUUUUGGAUACGAGCCAAUUCUGAAGGCUCUCAAGACUGCCCCUAUUCCAUUCGCAGAUUACAUCACGUCGAAGCCGAAUGUAGAGUGCACUUCGUCGCAGAUGGUGGUUCCGCCUCCCGCGUACAUUUGCAGGAAAGGAUUCGAUCUUUCUUGUCUUGCAACUCCGGGAGAAGAUGGAUCCAUGAGGCGCAUUGAGGGAUUGAUGAAUGUCGACCUGUCGUCACCGGAAGACUUCCCCGAAUCUUUGCUUACGCAAGAGAGCACCCUCGAUGUCGCCCAGAUAAGAGCCCUGAAAGCGGCGUUGACGAGAGAGGUUGCGUUGAUACAGGGCCCCCCUGGCACAGGGAAAACGUACCUGGGAAUCCAAAUCGUGAGGGUUUUGGUGGCCAAUUCCAAGGCUUCUAAAGCACCAGGACAGCCAGCCGGUGAGGACAGUGGCCACACACCGUUAUUGUGUGUCAGCCUAACGAACCACGCAUUGGAUCAACUCCUGGCGGGGCUCAUAGAAAGCGGUGUAAGGAAUGUUCUGCGGCUGGGCGGGCAAGUUCGCCGCGAGGAAAUGAAAGAACUGAAUGUGAAAACGAAGAGCCGCAAGUGCCCCGACAUUUCCUCUCUCCUCUACGACAGAUCAGUGACCUAUCGAAGUAUCCAAAACACUUCGUGUGCCCUCGAAGAGAAGAUCAGAACCAUCAGGAGCUUGCAGAGGGCUAAAAGGCUGAGAUUCAGAGACGUAGAAGCCAUCCUGAAAAUGGACGCACCUGAUUUAUAUGGCUCCCUUGUGGGCAACAAGGAUGAUGAGGAUGACUUCUGGUGGUGUCCUGAAAACGGCGACGAUGACUUGGGACCGUGGGUGCACUGGUGUGAGGGGCUAGAGGAAAGCAAAGGCUUUGGAUUUGCAGAGGUGAAGAUGGAUACACAAGGUGGAGCCGAGACUUCCAAUGUGUUUGAAGUCCUAUCUGAGGAAAAGCCCGACACUUUGGCGUCGUGGAUGCACCAGUUGUCGACGAGGAGCCGCCCGGGACCGAAACGGGGAAAAGAAUCAAGCCGAAGACGCACAGAUGGGGACGCCGACAGGCAGUUGGCUGAACUUCUGGAAUGCGACGACGCAUGGUCCAUGAGCAGAAAUGAGAGGCAAGUGGUCAUGCGCUACCUGAAGGAGCAGAGAAUGGAAGAACUGAUGAACGAGCUGCAGGCAUACAUCUGGUGCAACGAAGAUUUGAUAGAGCCCUUGCGCAAUAUAGAUGAGGCAAUCUAUCUCUCAAUGAUGAGGAGGGCAGACGUCGUUGGCAUGACUACGUCUAAGGUGGCUGCGCACCAAAAUCUCAUCGCUGCACUCAGUCCAAAGGUGGUGAUCGUGGAGGAGGCGGCGGAAGUUUUGGAGUCGCACGUGCUGACGAGCCUGUCUGCUUCAACCGAACACCUCAUACUCAUCGGGGACCACAAGCAGCUGCGGCCCAAGGUGCAACUCUACGACAUGGAAGUUGAUUCGGAGAUGGGGCUCAACCUGGACAUGUCCAUCUUUGAGCGGCUGGUGGUUUCAAUGAACCUCCCAUGUGUGACUCUGAGGGAGCAGAGGAGAAUGCGGCUAGAAAUUUCAGAGCUUAUAAAGGGCACAGUGUACCGCGAUCUUUCUGACCACGAGGCGGUGAAGAGCUACCCUAACGUCGCCGGCAUGAAAAAGAACGUCUUCUUUGUCGACCACGACCACCGCGAAUCUAGCCAUGAGCAUGGGAGGUCGAUUAAAAACCUUUGGGAGGCUAAAUACGCAGUGCGUCUUGCGCAGCACCUAUAUCUUCAGGAAGCCUACGGAACAGGUGAGAUCGCCAUAAUCACUCCAUACGUUGGUCAACUAAAUCUGAUCAGGGAACAGCUCCGUGCCAUUAAAUUGAAGGAAGCCAUCUAUGAGCGCGAUGCAGAAGAUUUGAAGAAUCUCGACAAAGGAGAAGAUGAAGGCCCUAAUGAUGCGGACUCCUCGCACAGCCCACGGGCAAGAAAUGGAAAAGAGGUUGAAGGCAGUCGUUUACCACAAUCAUUUGUGCUGAAUAGCCUGAAGGAGCGCAUACGAAUCGCCACGAUCGACAAUUUCCAGGGGGAAGAAGCAAAUGUGGUAAUUCUUUCGUUGGUGCGCAAUGGGAGGAUCGGGUUCCUCAAAAGCGAGCAUCGGGCCAAUGUUCUGCUGUCGAGAGCAAAGAUGGGAAUGUACAUACUUGGCAACGCCCGAACGCUGCGGAGUUACAGGGAGGACGGCAUGUGGAAUGGCGUCCUCGAUGUGUUGGCUGAUGGCGGCUGUCUGGGGCGGGAGCUCGAGUGUGUCUGCCCGAACCACCCAGAGUACGUUGCAAGGAUAGCCGAUUGGAAGGACUUUGAAGAGCGAAUUCCAAACGGGGGUUGCGGCAAGAGUUGCGAGUUUCGGCUUGCCUGCGGACACAGCUGCCCGAGGACAUGCCACGCCGAUGAUGCUGAGCACAAGCGGGCCUGUUGCAAUGAGCCAUGCCGGAAGGAGCUGCCAUGCGGGCACAGUUGCGAAAAUCUGUGCCACGAGAAAUGCGGACAAUGCAGGAGGAAUGUGCCGGAGGUGAAGCUUCCCUGCGGUCAUUCAAAGCGCAACGUGCCGUGCUGGAUGUCUGGAGAGUUGAGCGCAAUACCAUGCACGGAAAAGGUGGAGUCCAUUAUGCCCAAAUGCAAGCACAAGAUAACGACCGACUGCUGCGACGCAGCACGCUACGUGUCCGGAGGGGAGACGUGCCCGGUGCCCGAGAAGGUCACACUGGAUGGAGCGUGCGGUCACACCAUCGAAAUCAAAUGUGGCGCUCGCGAGGAAUAUUUGGCCGAUCCAACGCUGUGCACUGCCGAAUGCGCUGCAGUUCUUCCUUGCGGCGAUUUGUGCAAAGGGAGGUGCGGAGAGUGCCAAGGACGGGAAGCUGCGGGGAAUUCGGAUACUGGGCGUGCGGCUGCCGUUGGCAGCGCACGCCCAGGUGGACACAAGCGUUGCGGAAGGAAGUGCACCCGACAGCUGCCGUGUGGUCAUGAUUGCAAGGCGGAGUGCCAUCAGCACGAGCUGAUCAAAGACGAAAAAGGCCAUGCAAAGACCGUGUGUCCUCCCUGUAGCAGUCUCUGCGGAAUGAAGUGCUUCCACAGCUCCUGCAAGAGACCCUGCAAGGACGCGUGCCCUCCAUGCGUCCACGAAUGUGUGUGGAAGUGCACCCACAGAGGCGCCUGUCCUGUGCCGUGCGGCGCUCCUUGCAUAAGGAUUCCAUGCGAUCAAAGAUGCAGAAAGAAAUUGGCCUGUGGGUGUCGCUGCCCAGGUGUGUGUGGGGAAGAAUGCCCUUCCAGUCGCCACUGUUUGAAUUGCGCCUCUCCCAAGGUGAAAAAUCAGGUGAUAGAUUGGUGCACGGGUGCGACGUACGGAGACAUCACAGAAGGCCAGUUGAAUAGGGACCCCAUUGUUGUGCUUCCUUGUGGCCACCUUUUCGUCACUUCAUUCCUGGACGGGCACAUGGAGCUUUCCGAAGCUUAUAGGAAGGAUGGAAACGGCAGGCGGAUUCAUCCUGUGCAGAUGGAACUGGGCUCCAAUCUGAAGGGAUGCCCCUUGUGCCAACGCCCAAUCAUGCACAUCCGGCGCUAUGGGAGGGUGGUCAACCAGAAGCUCAUCGACCUCGCAGAAAGAGCUUUCUUCGACCAGUACGAGAGAAGGCUCAGUGCUGCAUGGCAAGAACUGAGAAAACUAGAAGGAAAGGUCAAAGGAAUUUGCGAAGGAGGCAAAGACAAAAGGAAAAUCAACAAGACGAAGGCCAAAAUCGCUCAAAACUCGGCAGCUUUCGAGAAGGUCCACGCCGAUUGCCGAGAAAUCAGUUCCCCGAAGUUCCAACUUUACAGCAGGUCGAGAACUGCUGUUCGUGAAUGGAGCGCCGUACAAGGCAAGAACGUGCAGGACAUCGAACGCAUGAUCGAAGUCUUUGGGACCCACAAGCCGGACCUCACCAUGCACGCAAGGGCCCUUAUUGGAGUUGGAAGAUCUGCCGCAGCUUGGCUGGCGAUCAAUUCGCUGCAAAUAAGCGACACGGCGGCGGUGGCCACUGGCGGGGGUGAUGCGGACGCAGACCAAGUGUGCUCCCAAAGGAAUGAUCGGCAGCGGCCAAGGGGGGACCAGGAGCAGAAGGCACAGGGCUCUGAGAGAUCUGAAACUGCAAGUGAGGCAGAGACUGAGGAUGACAGCUCUGAGGAUGAGGUUGAAUACCCGGUGGCUGCGACCUCGAGAAAUAAGCAGGUCCUGAUCAAGCGGGCCAUUCGAUAG